GUGCAGUGUCUCAAAGUUCACUGUGUUAGAGGUGUUUUUAGUCCUUAUUUUCACCUUCUCAGAGCGCUGACUGAACACAGAGAAGAGGGAAAGCAGAGGAAAAGAUACUGAAUAAUGGGGGCCUCUGUGUCUAUAAGGAACCAAACCCCAUACACUUGGCACUACGAACUUGUCGGAGACGGAGGUGGCAGUGGCACGUUGCAUGGCAUGGGUAGUGUACAAAGAAAACUCAACUCUAGGAGGAUCCAUUGCUACCUAAAGUUAAGAUAUGACAAUCACAGUAGCAACUCCUUCUCAUAUGAGUUCAACAGUCACAAGCAGGACGGAAGUCAAACAUUCACUAUUAUAGAAACCAGUGGCCGUUCACUCAUUCAGCUGUUGUGCAACACAGAGUCUAAUAGUCCAACAUGUCCAAACUAUGGGAAGCAAGAGGAAGACCGUAUCCGUCAGCAGCAGGAGGAGAUGGAGCGGCGAAGACAGGAGGAGCAACGAAGACGACAGCAGGAGGAGAUGGAGCGGCGAAGACAGGAGGAGCAAUGAAGGCGACAGCAGGAGGAGAUGGAGCGGCGAAGACAGGAGGAGCAACGAAGACAACAGCAGGAGGAGAGGAGGCGCCAGGAGCAACUGGAGAGGGAGAGGACGAUCCAGCAUGAAAUCGAAAGGGAGAGCGAACUUUCGGGUAAGAAGGUGUCAAAGGGACGAGAAAAGCUGAGACAGAAGCUGAGACUAAAAGGACAACAGCGCCAUCACCAGCGUACACAGGUACUACACCAGAUGAUAGAAGAUGACGCUGCAGCAAUCAGAAGGGAUGAGCCAGGGGACUUGAAAAAUAAGUUUGAAGAUCUUCUGAAGAAAUACGAGAUCACUGAAGACAAAGGCAUGCAAGAGGACAAGCUUGAAAACCGAAUGAAAAAUCUUCAGAAUGAACUAACCUUUAAAUACUUUGGAGAGCCUCAACUGUCGAUCUGGUGUCAGUUGACCAUAGAUCGUGCUAUCAGCCAAGGAGAGCAAUCGCUCACUGAGCAGUUUAGCAUCCUCACGGCUGUGACAGAGCUAACAUUGACCAAUGACUCGGACACAGACAGUAAAGAGGACCAACUAGCUGACUGUGACCAGAAGUAUGACUUUCUCAUCCGUCUUCUUGAACAGCUGUACAGCACAAAUCCCACAGUGGCUCAACAACUUGUUCUGAGCAUUCUUGACGUGUUCACAGAGGUGUCAGAGAAAAACAAGGGGCUCCUUAGUCAAAUUCUCUUCAACAUGAUCUGGACACCUUCAGAAAUUCUGCUCUUUUUGCGAGGUGUUUCAGGCAUAAACCAAGAGUUAGCAACCUCGAUCCUUCAUACUGUGCAGACAAACAAGCUGGAUCUUCUCUCUACUCUCUCUGCCCUGAAAGAUAAAGACCCUGUCAAGUCUCUACAAUGGUAUGCUGAGGCAGAAGGGGACAAGGAUGCCGACACCAUUGUGAAUGAAAUGCAAAAUGAAAAGUACCCAGAAAAAAUAUUGUCCAUAAUGAAGGAAAUUCUAGGAUAUAUGACAGAGGAACUUCCAAAACAUGCAAAGGAGGACUUGGAUCAGGUAAAGAUAGAGGAAGCAAAGCAGAUGAUCAAGUCACUGGAUUUUACUAACCCUGACCUUGCUGUUCUCAAGGAGGUCCUAAUAAGGAUGUCUAUUGCUGUGCAAGACUGCUCAACCAUUUACACUCAAAACGGUAAGAACAUAGAAGGCUACUUUCCUAGCAUCACUCCGCUGGAAUCACUGCUCACUGCUGAGAAAAUAGAAGGCUACUUUCCCCGACUCACUCAGUUGGCAUCACUGCUCAUGCUCCUUCUACCAAAGUUAACAGGGAAAAAAGGUAUCCUUCUGGAAAUCGGCACAGGUGAAGGAAAAUCUUGCAUCUUGGCUAUGUUUGCCACCAUCCAGGCCAUCCGUGGCACUAAGGUUGACGUUGUGACCAGUUCUCCAGUCCUUGCUCGCCGAGACCAAGAGGAGUGGAAGAAACUGUAUGACAUGUUUGGUGUCACAUCCUCUGUUGUGCCACCACCACAGAUACAGGGAAGCUCCCCUGAAAGCAGGGAUAGUAUGCUACAGGAGGCUUACAGGAAACAAUUAGUUUACGGAACCGUUGGCAGCUUUGCAGCAGACGCUUUGAGGCAGGAAUUCGAGAAGGACACCACACGUGGGGAGAGGAGGUUCGACAUGGUGAUUGUGGAUGAAGUGGACUACAUGACCUUGGACAAUGGAGUUCAGGUGACGUUUCUAUCCCACGAGGCAAGUGGCCUGAGGCACCUCGGACAAGUCCUUGCUAGCAUAUGGGCCAUGGUAUCUAUGUGUCAGCCAAUUGAGAUGGAAGAUACUGGAGAGAUUGAGUGGGCAACUGGAAUCCAGCAUUUUCACAAGGCUGCAAAGUUAGCUGUUAUCGGUCCAGCGACAUCUAAAGAAUUCUCUGAAUUUCACAUUUUGGAAGCUGGAGUGGAGUUGGGUAUCUAUUCAGAUGAAGAUUUUGAUAUGUUCAUGCAUGCUCUAGAGAACACAGAGAAUGACGAUACAACGGAGAACAGGAUAACUGUUGAUACAUUCUUGGCCAAAGUUGGAAUUACUCAACAGUGUGAUCUGCUCACCAUAAUGGAGAAAGCACUGGAGAAUGAUGUGGCCAUUGACUGUUACUCUGUGACAAACAAUAAAGCCGUGCUGGUUGAGGAGAAAAAGUUGCACAACAACCCUGAUAUCCUGGAAAUCAAAAUGCUUCUCCUCGAGAAUGGACGAGCCAGCGAGAUCAUACCUGAAGACAAACUCAUUAAGGCAACAGUCUCUGAGCUGAAGUCUAAAAUCAAAUAUUCUGGCAGCUCUCAGUCAAACUCAGAGUUUCUUGUGAUCCCCUCUUUCCUUGAGAAGUACCUUGAGAAUCAGUUACCAGUCUUUGUGGAAAACGCCCUGAAAGCCAUCAUGAUGACACAAGGCAGAGAGUACAUGAUUGAUCAGACGUUGGAAGCUGUCGGAGACAAGCAUCUCUACCAUGCUAUCAUCCCAGUGGACUUCCAGGCCAGUGGAGUGUUGGAGAAGAACAAACGCUGGGGGGACGGCCUGCAGCAGUUUCUGGAGAUGAAACACCAGCUGGCAACCACUCCUUUGUCCAAUGUGACUAAUUACCUUUCAAACUUCCAUUACUUUCAAAAGUACCUGAAAGGGAAUGGGAUAUUUGGUGUGUCUGGGACAUUAGGGGGUGAUGCCGACAAAGAUUUCCUUGCAAGGCAUUACGAAACAGACAGCUACAUAAUACCAGCUCAUCGCCAUAAGAAGGUUGUUGAGCUUCCAGCAAUUCAGGUCAGUGGGCACGCCCAGUGGAUGGACAUCCUCUGUAAGAUAGCAAUGAGGGUGGCAGAAAGUGGUCAGGUUGUCUUGGUCGUAUGUGAAGAUGUCAAGACCGCAAACGAGCUUCUGAAGAAAAUAGAGGGCGAGAAUCCACAUCCCCCCAUCACAUUAUACACAAUCAGUGAGAAACACAACAUUGAGAGAACCAAAUUCAGAGGGGGACAUGUAAUCAUAGCCACAAAUCUAGGAGGUCGUGGAACUGAUAUCAAGGUUGAUCAGGAUGUCAACAUACGUGGUGGCCUCUUCGUCCUCCUGACACAUUACCCUGGGAGUCGCAGAGUGGAGAAGCAGGUGUUUGGAAGAACUGGUCGGAAGGGAAACCCGGGCAUGGUCCAGAUGAUCCUCUGUGGGGAUAACCUUGCCCCAGCAUACCAGGGCCAGCCUGUGGAGAUCAUGAGACAAUUGAGAGAGGAGUACGAAGUCCAACGCAUCAAAGAUAUGGAGACAGAUGAGCUUCUCGAAAUAAAAAUUAAAGAGGACCUGUUUGGCACGUUUGUGAAUUUCUUGACAAGUUUCAUGGCAACUUCACAAAACAGGGAGAGAUGA